AAAGGAAAUAAGAAAGAAGAGAAAGCAAAUGAAAUGAACGCAAACAGAAUACAUCAGAUAAGUAUGGAAAUGACUUCAAUCUUGAACGGAUUGGAAUUCCCGAAGUCCAUAAGGCAAGACCAAAUCCAGAAGAUGAAGAGGUUUGGUAAAGAACUUAAGAGCUUGAAGAAGGUUGAGGGCGCAAAACUAGGUGAUGAUGACGGCGCUGGACUAAAAACUCUAGUACAACAACAAAUGGACAGUUUUAGCGAAGCACUAGGAGUAAUGACUACCUAUUCAGAGGAAGUCUCCAGCAAAGUCCAAAUCAUAAAGGAAAUCUCUUUCUUCCAAGAAAUCACGAAUUUCCUGCAAUAUUCCAUACAGUUAUUAGAUUCAGCUAAUGGAAACAGUAGUAGUGAAUCAGGAGGCGUCACAGAAGGAGAUGGAUCAGAUGGAGGCGUCACAAAACUGCAGUAAUGAAGAUAGUGUGUUAUGUGCCUCCCAGCUGCUGCUACAAGCACUACAGCUUGCAGACAGUGAAGGCGGUGCAGCAGAAGGUUCAAACAGUGAAGGCGGUGCAGCAGAGGGUUCAAACAGUGAAGGCGGUGCAGCAGAAGGUUCAAACAGUGAAGGUGAAAGCAGUGACAGUGGCGCUGGCGGUAUGGGCAACAGUACAUCUUUCCGGUAUCAAAACGUACGGGAAAAAAUGCACGGUUUCUCUAUGGCAAUGAGACACUUCGGCAAGGAAGAAAGCGGCUCCUUAGCUACCGCCAAAAGCCUGAUUGGGGAAGCUAAAGUUAUCGCUGAAAAAUUUGUUGGGGAUCUGACAACCGAGUCAAGUUCCAUGACGUCUUUUACCGAUGUGUCUGCACACUAUACAGUACCAGAAGUAACUGUCACCACUUCCUAGUGACAUAAUCUUAAAGUGAU